ACCACGCAGAAACGAAACAAGAGGCCACAUGUCACAUGCAGGAAAUGAAAGUUAUCUUUCAUACAGACGGACAAACUCCAUUGCAGUGUAAGGAUCAAGAUGAACAUGGACGGCUCCAGGCUUUAUGCUAUCAUGGUGAUGGCAGCGCUGAUGCUUAUGGAAGCUUCAGGAGAACAAAUCCUUGCAGCUUGGACCACAGCUUCUCCCACGACUAACUUAGAUGGGAAGAUGGUCACGUUGUCUUCCAGAGGGGGAGGGGUGUCCUUCUACCCGCCUUACUUCUCUCUUCCUCCUACCGACCCCACCGCAGCUGAUGCCAAGGAGGAGUACAUGACCACGGCCUACCCCAACAGUGCCAACCCCAACAGUGCCUCCCCAGUCUCGGCCUCCUAUGACUGGACCACACAGCCGCCCAUCGGGGGUGUGACCGUGUGUCUGCGCUACCUGUUGGACUUGAGGUGGUCGUCCCCCUUCAUCUUCACUCUCAGUCCGUCCGGCCAGUCGGCCAUGAAACUGGGUGUACAUUUCGACGGUCAAUUUGAGCUGCGCUGGAACAGACCGGAGUACCAGAGUGUUUACUUGACUCCCAGCAUCCGUAUCUGGCCCGACAUCCCGCCGGACAUCUGGAGCAGGGUGUGCAUCACCAUGGAUACGCUGAAGAGCGUGGUGCAGCUCUUCAGUGGCGGCAACAUGAGCGUCAGGAAGAUGAUCCCUUUCAAGUACGUGUGGUCAGGUGAGCCAGUGGUUACGAUGUCAGGUCUUGAGGGUCAGGUGACUGACGUGCAAGUGUGGGAUUACCUUCUUCCAUACAACGACAUCUUCAACUACAUGAGCAUAACACGCUAUAGAUGGCCUCCUGGUUCGGUCCUGACGUGGUCCAACAUCAGAUACUCCAUGACAGGGCGCACCCUCCUGGAGGACACAUACGAGCUGAGGGCCAAGAAGACCACCAGAAAAAAGACACACGGGCGUCAACUACAAGCCAAUCGCAGAACCAGCAAGAACCAUCGGAGGGCUCAACUGACCUCAAACCAAUGAAAAUGUUGCAGGCCAAAAUGUGUAGAAACCAGAUUUGGUCCAUAUUGAAAACAGUUUAAAAGCAUUUACCACAUUAUUGAUUGUCACACUUAAAAUGUUUCAGUUCACCAUUCAUUCAUUUUCUACCGCUUAUCCUCACAAGGGUCACAGGGGUGCUGGAGCCUAUCCCAGCUGUCUUCGGGCGAGAGGCGGGGUCGCCAGCCAAUCACAGGGCACAUAUAGACAAACAACCAUUCACACUCAUAUAUAUUCAUGUUCAAUUUGGAGUCGCCUUAAUUAACCUAGCAUGUUUUUGGAAUGUGGGAGGAAACCGGAGUACCCGGAGAAAACCCACGCAUGCACGGGGAGAACAUGCAAACUCCACACAGAGAUGGCCGAGGGUGGGAUUGAACUCGGGUCUCCUCGCUGUGAGGUCUACACGCUAACCACUCGACCGCCGUGCAGCCCAAAGACAAAACAAAGAAGCCAAAAACGUACCACUUCCACACGCAAUAGGAGGAAAACUUCUUUUCACUCUAUCAUGUUGGACAUGCUGGAGCCUAUCCCAGCUGUCUUUGAGACGGGGUACACCCUGGACUGGUGGCCAGCCAAUCACAGGGCACAUAUAGACAAACAACCAUUCACACUCACAUUCAUACCUAUGGACAAUUUGGAGAAAACCCAUAGGAGAACAUGCAAACGUGGGAUUGAACUCAGGUCUCCUAGCUGUGAGGUCUGCGCGCUAACCACUCGACCGCCGUGCAGCCCAAAGACAAAACAAAGAAGCCAAAAACGUACCACUUCCACACGCAAUAGGAGAACGUCUUUUCACUCUAUCAUGUUGGACAUGCUGGAGCCUAUCCCAGCUGUCUUUGAGACGGGGUACACCCUGGACUGGUGGCCAGCCAAUCACAGGGCACAUAUAGACAAACAACCAUUCACACUCAUAUAUAUUCAUGUUCAAUUUGGAGUCGCCUUAAUUAACCUAGCAUGUUUUUGGAAUGUGGGAGGAAACCGGAGUACCCGGAGAAAACCCACGCAUGCACGGGGAGAACAUGCAAACUCCACACAGAGAUGGCCGAGGGUGGGAUUGAACUCGGGUCUCCUCGCUGUGAGGUCUACACGCUAACCACUCGACCGCCGUGCAGCCCAAAGACAAAACAAAGAAGCCAAAAACGUACCACUUCCACACGCAAUAGGAGGAAAACUUCUUUUCACUCUAUCAUGUUGGACAUGCUGGAGCCUAUCCCAGCUGUCUUUGAGACGGGGUACACCCUGGACUGGUGGCCAGCCAAUCACAGGGCACAUAUAGACAAACAACCAUUCACACUCACAUUCAUACCUAUGGACAAUUUGGAGUCGCUAAUUAACCUAGCAUGUUUUUGGAAUGUGGGCGGAAACCGGAGUACCCGGAAAAAAACCCACGCAUGCACGGGGAGAACAUGCUAACCCCACACAGAGCUUAAUCGUAUUUCCGUUUUAACAAGAGAAGAAUCACUUUUCCACACAGGGCAAUUGUUUGGGAUUUUCUUCCUCCCAUACUAAUAAAGUUUAAUUCAAAAACUGUGUUGUCAUGAACUAAUAUUCCAACUUGUUUGAUGAUCUGAAACAUUUAAGUGUGGGGAAACCCAUUCAUCUUCUACCGCUAAGUGUGCACUUUUAUAUCACAAUACUCCAAUAACUCAUAUUCUUAUUUGCUUUUUAUAACAUUUUAACACAAUAAUAUGUAAUUAAAAAGAUGGCAUCAGUGUUGUUUGAUUUAUAACU